AAAAACGGCAAGCAGUCUACUUUUUUGUCGUUAUCACUUUUUAACCCUUUUCGGCUUCUAUCCGUCGAUUCAAAUCGGCGGCAGUUCCCAGCGACAUUAAUCUCCGGCGAGACAGUUUACUCGUGUUUAUUGAAGCUAUGCCUAAAAGAACAGCAGAAGCGUGUCCAUCAUCUGAAAUCCAAAGAAGCAGAGGAGAUACUUUUGGUAGUUACAGAUCUCAAGUAGCUGAGCUUUUGUCUCUAGGUGAGAGGAUCUCACAUCAUGAUCAACAAGAAGCCAAUGAGAGGCAUUCUGAGAGUGUUAUAGGAGCUGGGAUGUCAAAUGUUGAGAAAGAUAAUUUGAAUGUUUUGUUAAGGCAGUGUGUGAGGAAUCUAAGUCCAGAAGUUGAUGAGAUGCAGGAAUGUGUACGCUCUCUGUAUCUAAUUUCUCAGCUAGGGAACAAAUGUCAGUCAUCGUCGCCGAGCGAUUUUGUUCCUGAAGAAACCGGAGGAGCGAGAGAAGAUGAUAUUCAACUACUUCUGAGGUCUGACUCUGAUAUGGUCAAGAACAUAACGUCACAGUAUUCAAAUGUUCUGCUGUCCAAACUGGACAAUAUGCAGCAGGAACUCGAGAGACUUCUUGACGAUGUGGUGGCGACUUGCAGACCUAUGACUCGUGGUGAAAUUCGGGAGCUUCAGAAAUCGAUCAAGGAGCUGCCUGAGAGGAAUCUCAACCGCGUCGCUGAAAUAGUAGGAAAUCAUUGCAUAGCAUCUGGCAGAGAUUUCAACGAUAAGGUUAUCGUCAACCUUGAUCAGGCGGACAAGGUCAUGUUAUGGAGAUUGCAUUUCUAUGUAGGAGCAGUCAAGAGGCCCAGAAGCUCGCUCCCUAGCUAACUUUGGCUGUAUAUAUAUGGACUGGGAUGUUGAGAUGGUGUGAUGGGCUAAACCGGUUUAAUAUAUUUCCUACUUUUUUUGUUUUCCUGAUUAGUCCGGUUAAGCCGUGUAGUAGUUGGUCUUACAUGGACGGUUAACAAAUGAAAAUCGGUUCUGAUUUGGUAAGACUUUGUCCUUCGUCCCAUGAAGAUUUCUCUAACAAAAAAUCAUUGACCACAUCAUGACAUGAAUCCAAAGAAAACACAUAGUUUGCUAAUGUGUCUGUUAGACGAUUAAUCUCU